AUGUCGAGAGUCCACAGUCUAGCAGAGUCCUCGAGGUUGGACAGACUCAUGGAGAAGUCUGCUAAAGGAGUGACCCUGCUGUUAUUUGGACAGAUGUUCACGAAGUUAUCGACGUUCAUCUUGAAUCAGAUUCUGAUCACCUAUAUCUCACCGGCAACGUUCGGUGUGAAUAUGUUCUUGGAGUUCUUGAUCAACACUGUGUUGUUCUUCUCGCGGGAGGGCAUUAGGCUGUCUGCUCAGAGGGUGAAAGAUGCGGAAACUGACAGCGAUGAGAAGUCUGAUAAGCACAGCGCAACGCUGCAGAGCAUCGUUAACCUGGGCUAUAUUCCACUGAUGAUUGGAACCCCCUUGGCCUCUGUGGUUGUGUACUGGCAAUAUGGGAGGUUCUCAGAGCUGUUCAAGCAUAUGCAAUUGUUCAAACUGUCCAUCGCAUUGGUUUGGCUGGCCAUUGUUGUUGAGCUCAUGAGUGAACCUUUUUACAUCUUGAACCAAUUCAACUUGAACUACGACAAGAGAACAAGAUUCGAAACUGCAGCUGUAACCUUGAGUUGCUUUGUGAAUUUUGGUAUCGUCUUCUCGUUCAAGGACUCUGAGAUUGAUGGUCUGCCCAUCGUAGCGUUCUGUGCUGCAAAAUUGGUCCAUUCUAUGGUACUAUUCAUUUCAUACAUUUGGGAUUACCAAAAUUUCAAAAAGAGGAACAAGAACAUCCACACGAGACCUACAAAGAUCCUCGUUGGCCAUUCAAACUCGUACUAUUUCGACCACGAUGCAAUGGCCCACUUCUACACAAUGUUCUUCAACUUGUGCUUCAAGCAUUUGCUCACUGAAGGUGACAAGUUGGUUAUCAAUUCGCUGUGCACCAUUGAAGAACAAGGUAUCUAUUCGCUCAUUUCAAACUAUGGCUCCCUACUGGCACGCUUGGUAUUUGCUCCAAUUGAAGAAAGCGUAAGAAACUUUUUAACGAGACUGGUUCAAAACACUGAUACUAAGGCACACCUGGAAACCACCGUGGGAAUACUUCAAAGAAUCAUAUGUUUUUACCUCUACUUGUCAAUCAUCAUUGUGAUCUUUGGUCCACUGAACUCUGGAUUCUUGGUUCAAAAGUUGAUCGGAAGUAACUGGUCGAACUCUGUAUCUGACACUAUCCCUCUCUACACUCUUUACCUGCCACUCUUAGCCUUGAAUGGUAUCUUAGAGGCAGUCCACCAAUCUACAGCAACAGGCCAUGAUGUUGUAGAUUAUACGUACUAUAUGGUGGGAUUCUCAGCAAUAUUCAUGACAACUUCAUACGUUUGCAUCACCAAAUUGAACCUCUCACUUCAAGGCUUGAUACUGAGUAACAUGUUAAACAUGACUUUAAGAAUUGUGUACUGUUACCGUUUCAUAAAGCAUUUCUACAAUUCACACGCGGUCAGUUUCAGCCUGUGGCUUUUUGAUUCAAAGACCAAGUCUAUUGUUACAUCAUCCUUGGUGAUUUGGGCAUUGGACUGUUCUCUUUUAGGUGUGACGAGAAACUGGUUUGAACUACUGGCAAGUGCAUUCUUUGCACAGGUUCUUGUCAUAUUCAUCAUGUACAAAGAAAAGGAUCUUAUCAUAUCGGUGGUUAAGCCUAAGCCCUUGGAUUAA